AUGCGAAUCGCCACAUUACAAUUCGCCCCCAGGGUGGGCGACGUCGAGGGCAACAUCAAAAGGGCCAACGAAUUGCUGAACAGCGGCAACGUGAUUGGCAGCGCUCAGGCCGGGAUCGAGAGCCUGAAGCCUGACCUCCUGGUGUUGCCGGAACUGGCUCUGACGGGGUACAAUUUCCCCUCGCUGGAAGCCAUCCGCCCGUUCCUUGAGCCAGCGGGGAAGGGCGUGUCGGCUGCGUGGGCCCGGGAGACGGCUACGCGCCUCAGGUGUAAGGUGUGCGUGGGCUAUCCCGAGAUUGAAAUCGAGAGGGUCACCGCCGCAGCAGCGGGUGGGGAACGUAGCGCGCAACUGCAGGAGAAAUGCUACAAUUCCUUGCUUGUUGUGGAUGAGGAGGGGGAGGUGCUGCUGAACUACCGCAAGACGUUCCUCUUCUGCACGGACGAGACGUGGGCAGCCGAAGGCACGGCGGAGCGAGGCUUCCACGAGCUCGUCUUCAACUCUGGGGUUCCAGGACUGACGUCUAGAAUGGCUACGUCGUUUGGGAUAUGUAUGGAUAUCAACCCUUAUAAAUUCGAGGCGCCCUUCACGGCUUGGGAGUUUGCGAAUCGGGUCCUCGACUCCAAGUCCCAGCUGGUAAUUCUGUCGAUGGCCUGGACGACGUUUAUGAGCCGAGAGGAGCUUGAUGCGCUGGCGCAUAAGCCGGACUUGGAUACGUUUAAUUACUGGAUACAGCGAUUCUGGCCUCUAGUCAAGGAGAAGAUGCGGCACGAUGUUGAUAUAGGGUUUGAUGACCAUGAAGCCGAAUGUGCAAAAGAGAAGAAGAUUGUCAUUGUCUUUGGGAAUAGGUGUGGAGAGGAGGGAUCGGUGCGCUAUGCGGGGACGAGUGCGAUUGUCGCUAUUACGCAGCGCCCGCGGGUGUUGCAGGAUGGCGAGGCUGGGGAGGAGUUACCGUUCGAUGUGAAGAUCCUUUGCUGGGAUAUGCUGGGUGCGACGACCGAGGGUAUCUGCUUUGCUGAUACUACAGCGGAUCCGAAGACGGUGUUUGGAUUGGUUAAGGCGUCGCAGAAGUGA